UCUCUACCUCUCUCUAUAUAUACAGUUUGAAUUUGGUUUCCGUUGCGGUAUGCAUUAAUAAUAGUUUUAAAAACAUAUAGAAACUUGUGCUGCAUGCAUGCCCAGGCAAAAAUAAUCUAGGGGACAAAUCUUUAAUGAGGAGAUUUUCUUUGCAUCUAGCUAAUUCUUAUAUUUUGAAUUUUUGAUCGGUUCACGUUACAUGACGAUUCCAGCUUUGUAUGUUUUAUUAUCUGGAGACUAGCGUCAUCCUCAGCUGAAGGUUAUCAUUACAGUCGCGCUAUUAUAUAUCAAAAUGGCUCCUAGCAAAAUCCGCAAAGCUUUCGGGGCGGUGAAGGACCGAACAAGCAUAGGCCUAGCCAAGAUCAGCAGCAGCAAUUCUAUAUCCGACCUUGAAGUUGCAAUUGUGAAGGCGACGCGACAUGAAGAACAACCAGCAGAUGAAAAACACAUAAGAGAGAUAUUAAGCUUAACAUGUUAUUCUCGCGGGUACAUUAGCUCUUGCGUUAACACACUCUCUAGAAGACUCAACAAAACUAGGAACUGGACAGUGGCAUUAAAGACACUUAUGUUGAUACAUCGACUCUUAGCUGAAGGUGACCCGGCUUAUGAACAAGAGAUAUUCUUUGCAACCCGACGGGGAACAAGAUUGCUGAACAUGUCUGAUUUCCGUGAUAAGAGGUCCAACUCCAGCGCUUGGGAUUUUUCGUCAUUAGUACGCACAUAUGCAUUAUACCUUGAUGAGCAGCUUGAGCUUCGAAUGCAAGGCCGUAGACGUAGCAAUCCUAGCAUAUCAAUAGUUGGUGAAGAAUUUGAAGAAGUCGAAGAGGAGCCAAAUAAUAGUUGGGGUCCCCCUACUGGCACACGCACAUCUACAUCAUCUGUAACGAAAACACCAAAAACACCCGUUCGAGAAAUGAAAACAGAACAGAUUUUCACUAGAGCACAGCAUCUCCAAAAUCUAAUUGAUAGAUUUUUGGCAUGUCGUCCAACAGGAGCUGCUAGGAACAACCGAGUUGUGAUUGUCGCUCUCUAUGCAAUAGUUAAAGACAGUUUUCAGAUAUACACAGAUUUGACAGAUAUUAUUGCAAUCUUGAUUGAUCGUUUCUUGGAGUUAGAAAUCAACGAAUGUGCCAAGGUUCACGAUAUCUUCACUCGAGCUGCUAAACAAUUCGACGAGCUCGAUGCUUUCUACAGUUGGUCCAAGGCCAUAGGAAUUGCUAGAUCUUCUGAGUACCCAGAUGUUGAGAGAAUUUCACCAAAGAAACUUCAACUUAUGGAUGAGUUCAUCACAGAAAGGUCAUUAUCAACCAAGAAGGGCUACAAGGAUGAAGAUGUUCAAUAUGAAGUCCAAGAAGAACCGGAAAUAGCCGAAGAGCAAGAUUUGAACUCGAUUAAGGCACUACCACCACCUGAAGGUUUCUGCGAAACCGAGCUAGUGGUAGAAGAACAAGAACCAGAGAUAGUCAAGGAAGAAGAGUCAGUUAAGGGAGAAGAAGAACAGGACGUGGAUUUCUUAAAUUUAAGAGAUGAUAACAAUACAAACUCCGGUGAAGACCAAGAAAAUAAGUUGGCUUUAGCAUUAUUUGAUGGCGCAGGUGCAACUACAACAGCUGAACCUGCUUGGGAAGCGUUUCCAGAUGAUUCUCCUGGAGGUUGGGAGACAGCGUUGGUUGUAACAACUAGCAACUUGAAUAAUCAUACACCUAAGCUUGGUGGUGGGUUUGAUUCCCUCCUUCUAAAUGGUAUGUACCAACAGCAUGCAGCAGCAACGAUUAAUGCUGCUUCGCGCGCCACCGGGAGUGCAAGUAGUGUUGCAUUUGGAUCAACAGGGAAGCCUGGAUCGACAAUGCUGGCAUUGCCAGCUCCUCCGGUGUCGUCUUCCACCAGCAAUAACGAUACCAACAACAAGAGUACUUUUAAUGUUGUAAAUGCAGACCCAUUUGCAGCAUCGUUAGCAGUAGCACCCCCUACGUAUGUACAAAUGUCCGAGAUGGAAAAGAAGCAAAGGUUAUUAAUGGAGGAACAACUCAUGUGGCAACAUUAUGCCAGAGACGGAAUGCAAGGGCAUAUUGCGCUGAAAAAAUCGUGUCAGACAAACCCUUACGGAAUGGGAGGUUAUGCCCAGAGCUAUUGAAACUUAGUCAUAACUUUUUGAUUAUUGUUCUCGUAUCAAGUAUGCUUCCAAUGUGUGUGCAGGGUGUUGGAAAGUAAUCUAAUUAGUUUGUAUGAAAUGAUGGAAAUUUUAGUUGAGUGAUGCUAAGUUAAAUUUCUGAAUCUCGCAAUCUAAGUUUUGUUAGUAACUGCAAUUUGAAGAUGUCAAAGAUGAAUUUGAAUCGGUGAAACGGAUCCUUUUUUAGGAACGGUGAUCUGAAAAGGUGGUUAUGAAAUUGCUAAAUCUUUAUGA